CCAAAUUUCAAUCUUCGUGAAGCUGUAGUACGCCGUGGCACAGAAAAUUGUAAACCAAAAUCCAGCGAGGAAAAGAAGAGGAUAUACUUCGUAGGCAUGCCCAAGGCGACGGAACAGGAACCUGAAGAAAAGUACAUGGAGGUGUUCGUGAAAAUGCUCCAUCAAGCCCGCAAUUACUUCCUGGUUCACAGAGGAAAACAAGAGAAAAAAGAUCUUGAAUAUUUUUCCAAUGGAAAAAUUCAAAGCAUCUCCCACGAUGACAUUUUGGAGCAGCUUUCCUUGAGCCUCGCUAAGCGCUGUCGAAUGGAAUGGUCACCUCAACCUAGGAGUUCUGCACUUGAUCGCCUCCGUGCUAUUGCUGCUGAGAAAGAAAUGCCGUCGUUCAUGAAGAUCAUUAUCGAAUUUAUGGACGAGACGCGCCGGGAACUCACAGAGAUCAAUAGAAGAAAUGUGGAUAUCCUGGAGGAGAACAAAAAACUCAGGGAAGAGAAUUCCUCAUUAAGGCUUCAAAUUGAAAAAUUGCUUUCUCUUAGUCCUCAUCCUAAAGUUCAAGGAUUGUCCGAUAGUGAUACUUCUUCUCCUCCGCAAGGAUUUUCUCAUACUGAUUUUGGUGUCGAAUCUGAUCUUAAGCGUUCCAUUGUCAUAUCUGGAAUGACAGAAUGUGAUUCUAGGAGCACUUUCGAAUGCAUGAAGCACGAU